AUGUGGCUACUCGAUGCCAGAACGAUGAGACUGGCAAAGAUAGUUGACGAGGAGAAGAUUCAUGGAAAAUAUGCUAUUCUCAGUCACACAUGGGAGAACGAUGAUGACGAGGUUAACUUCGACGACAUCCAUCAAUCGUACGCACCUUCCAUGAAAGGAUACAAGAAGAUUGAAUACACCUGCGUACAGGCAGUAAGAGACGGCAUCCAGUAUGUUUGGGUCGACACUUGCUGUAUCGACAAGAAAAGCAGCGCGGAGCUUUCUGAAGCCAUUAAUUCAAUGUAUAGAUGGUACUACUUUGCUGCGACCUGUUAUGCUUACCUAUCCGACGUGAGCUAUACUGCUGGGAAGUCGAUGGAGGGAGACGGUAACAUGAGCAAGAAUCAAAGCACUUGCGUUUCUACUAUAGGCCAACUUCUGCAGUCGAGCCGCUGGUUUUCUCGAGGCUGGACUCUCCAAGAGCUCAUCGCACCAAAGUCUGUUGAGUUCUACGAUUCAAAUUGGAUUUCCAUGAGUACCAAAGUCAAGCUUGUCAACCACUUGUCAGUCAUCACCAAGAUUCCAACCUAUGUGCUGGAAGACCGAGAUAGGCUUUCUCAGACCUCGAUAGCACAGCGAAUGUCCUGGGCCGCUGGACGGUCCACGUCACGGGUAGAAGACCAGGCGUAUGCUCUCCUAGGCUUGUUCGGCAUAAGCGUACCGCUCGUGUACGGUGGUGAAGGGUCAAAGGCGUUCAUGCGACUUCAGGAAAUGAUAAUCCAGACAGCACCGCGAGAGGACCAUUCUCUGUUGGUCUGGCCCAGCGAACAGGGCCGCCUGCUUGCUCCGUCACCGAAAGCUUUCGCCUACGGUGACCAUAUCGUGAGCCGUGCACAUUGUCUCGAUGAGACGUUCGAACUAUCCAACAAGGGACUACGAGUGACCUUGCUCGCGCGGCCUGAUAUGGAUAUUGAUUGUGAAAACGCCGGAGAGAGCUCUAGGGAUAACGAACGAUAUGCCGAGAAGAUCACCGUCGCGCUGAAUUGUCAGUACGAGGAUGACGACCACGGACAACUGAUAGCGCUGCGUCUCCGUCGACGACCUCGGGUACACACGCUAGGAUUGCACAAAAAGAAAUACAAUGUGCUUGGAGAUGUGACUUACGACCGACUUACAGAGAUGACGACUGUCAGUCCAGAGGAGCUUCGACAAUUCACGGCAAUGACACUCACCAUCGCUCGUAAACCUUACUCAUGGCCAGAUAUUGAUAGAAGAAUUUCCAUCUCGGACGACAGUGUCAUUGCAUAUGCCUCUCAGUAUGUACCUUAUGGCAAGUCCGAGACUGCUUUGAAUAGUAUCGGGGGCCUGUUCAACCUUCAAAUCCUGGAUUCCAGUGUUGCUUUCAGCAAGUUGAUUGUCAGAAGUCUGCGAGGAGACUGGGCAAACGUGGUCCUCGCAGUGGGCAUGGACCACAACGAAACCCCACCUAAGCUCCUUGUACACGCCUUCGACUAUGGCCACAACGAGGGUAUGAGCAGCCGCGGUAUUUUCCGGCUUUGUCGUGUUAUCCGAGAAGGCGAACAGCGGCUGCUCGGAGGCGAUUCAGCGCAUGCUUUACGGGUUGCCGCAAGAUAUGUUCUGAUUGGAGGCGAGCUGAUGUGGGAUCUCGAGAUUGGUCGACCAGAAGUACCACCGGGCAUGGGACUUGCACGCAGCCUGAAGGAAGCACAACCCGGACUCGAAUGUCUCGGGACCGAUAUUGCUAGUACAAGUUCCCUGAUGCCUUGCAUGCCCCCCGGAUCGACAAAGGAUGGUGACCGAGGAGAACGCAGAUCUGCGACUCAAGCGAUACAACCACCACGAUCAGAACCUCGCAGACUUCCAUUACUCAACACCAAUCUUCAUCCAUAUCCCAGCGGUCCUAGUCUUGAAAUGGCGUCUCCGGUGCCAGCUUCAAGCAUUGAUGCUGAGCAGUACUGGAAGCAGCAGCAGUUCCUAGCGGAAUUGUACCUGGCACAUGUCCAGAAACAGGAGCAGGCGUCACAACGACAUCCUCUUCAAUAUGACAGGCGAUCCAAGUCGGUUUUACGCCCCUCAUCCACUUUGAAGAAGACCCGUCUUGUCAGAUUCAUGUACGACAAGAUGCACAGGCUUUUCCACGCGGAUACGUCGAGCGAGGGUCUCUCCAUCCAGAGUCCUGCCCUUGAAGAUUUCCUCCAAAGUAGCAAACAUCCCGUAGCCGAGCUUGGGUCCUCUCGGACAGUAACAGAGCUUCCUGUGGAUGCUGUAGGCCAUGAGUUGCAUGCGAAUUGUCAACCCGCCGAGCUCCCGGCGUUGAUCUUCACUCGUGCCCCAGACUCGUGCGACAUCUAUGAGCUGGAUUCCACGCCAAACGACUCGCUAUCCACUACUCAGGCAGGUGCCACUAAUCUUCCCGGGUCUAGUCUGACGGAGGCUCCUUGGUCAGCCGAUGAUGUGUCUAACCCCAUCAGGAGGCGAUUCUCGUGGGAACAGCAAGUCCUGCAGGCUCCAUCUGCAGCGGACGAAUUCACAGCCGAAGGAACAUGGGAACUGGACGCUGAGCCCAGGGAAAAUCAUGAGGCAAUGACUGCCACAGGAUUAGGGACAUUGAUGCGCCCGCGAGCUCCUUCUAGAUUCUCAGACCACCCUUACGCGUUGACGCCGCAAUUGGUCUCGGCAAGGUGA